CGGGCCGGCGCCGGCGGCACGCUCCCGCGACGGCCGCGCGGGACCUCGGGCGCCCCGCCCUCGCCCAGCUCGCGCGAGCGCCACCCUCCUCGCCCCUGCCGGCUCCGGGACCGGGAGCGGCCCGGCGGGACCCUCUGUCUGGGCGAGCCGCGUCUCCCGAAGCCUGGCCUGCCGCUGCGGGGAGCCCGGAGCUCCAGCGGUCACCGUAAACAUGGAGCUUCGGGAGACCGGCGGGUAACGAGCACUGCCACGGCGCCCAGCCCUGCAGUCGCCUGCGUGUUUAGGCAGCGAGAUGACUCGGAGGAGCAGGCUCCCGGUCUGGGGGCUCCCGGGUCCGCCGCUGUUUCUCUUGGGCAUGACCUGGCACGUCGUCGUCCGCGGCUCUUUGCUACCUGGCCUCGAAGGAAGUGCCCACCUUGUGCAUCUUUCCAGUAACGAGUCGAACCGCCGGCUGGACUAUUGUGAGACGGAAGCUAAAUUAGCCUUGUCUCUCGACUUUUGGACUCUGUCCUCUGAAAACCUUAUAGCUGUGUUCCCAGUUGAUCCUGUUAAAGAAAAUUACGUUCGUAAAGUGAAAAACUGUAUUUUUUCAGUUGCCUUCCCUACUCCUUUCAAAUCAAGAGUACGUCUUGUAGCAGUUUCAAAGGAGGUUCUAGAAGAUAUUUUGGACCUUGACUUACGUGUCUCAGAAACAGAUGAUUUUAUCCAGCUUGUGAGUGGUAAAAGAAUAGUAUCUGGAUCCAUUCCACUGGCUCACAGAUAUGGUGGGCAUCAGUUUGGGAUAUGGGCAGGUCAGCUUGGGGACGGAAGAGCUCACCUAAUUGGAAUUUACAUGAACAGGCAGGGUGAAAAGUGGGAGCUCCAAUUAAAGGGCUCAGGAAAGACUCCAUACUCCCGAAAUGGUGAUGGCAGAGCUGUACUUCGUUCCUCAGUGAGAGAAUUUUUAUGCAGCGAGGCUAUGCACUCUCUCGGAAUUCCAACUAGCAGGGCUGCAAGUCUGGUCGUGAGUGAUGAUGAAGUAUGGAGAGAUCAAUUCUACAAUGGAAACGUCGUGAAAGAAAGAGGUGCAGUAGUGCUGCGUGUUGCAAAAUCAUGGUUUAAAAUUGGAUCAUUAGAAAUUUUGGCUCAUUAUGGUGAACUGGAUUUACUAAGGACGUUACUAGACUUCAUCAUACAGGAGCAUUUCCCCUCAGUAAAGGCCACAGAACCUAACAGAUAUGUGGAGUUUUUCUCUAUUGUGGUAUCAAAGACGGCACAACUCAUUGCCUUGUGGAUGUCUGUUGGUUUUGCUCAUGGUGUUUGUAAUACUGAUAACUUCAGUUUGUUAUCCAUUAUAAUCGACUACGGCCCAUUUGGUUUUAUGGAAGCCUAUAACCCAGAUUUUGUCCCAAACACAUCUGAUGAUGAACGAAGAUAUAAAAUAGGAAAUCAGGCCAAUGUUGGGAUGUUUAAUUUAAAUAAGUUGUUGCAAGCUUUAAAUCCAUUACUGGAUCCUAGGCAAAAGAAGCUAGCCGCUCAGAUUCUUGAGGGGUAUCCUGUUCUUUAUUACACAAGAUUUAGAGACUUGUUCAAAGCCAAACUGGGGCUACUUGGAGACAGGAAGGGUGAUGAGGAUUUAAUUGCAUUUCUCUUACAUCUCAUGGAGAAGACAGAAGCUGAUUUUACUAUGACAUUUCGGCAGCUCAGCGAGAUUACUCAAAGCCAGUUAGAGGAGCUCAACAUUCCCCAGCAAUUCUGGGCACUGAAGAUGGUCUCAGAGCACCAGCUUUUUCCCGCCUGGGUAUCCCAGUACCUUUUGAGACUGAAGAGUAACAUGAAUGACUCAGAUUCUGAAAGAAGAAAAAGAAUGACAACUGUUAAUCCUAGAUAUGUACUGAAGAACUGGAUGGCAGAGUCCGCAGUGAGAAAAGCAGAAAGGAAUGAUUUUUCAGAGGCAGAGCACAAGCUGGGGGAGCUGCCGGCAGAGAGAGAUGGAGAAGCUCCCACCAAGCAGGGAGCCCGAAACAGGACUCGACCCCAGAACCCCGGGAUCACAACUGGAGCUGAAGUCAGACACUCAACCAACCGAGCCACCCAGGGUCCCUUCCUCUUCGUGAUGCUGUGGCUGUGGGAUGGAGAACACUUCUGCUUCCUGCUCUGGACAUGACUGGAAAAUACCAUCAGGGUUUUUAUACUCUGAAAUCAAGUUGGCAAAGGGUUAUUAUAUUUUCGAUUGAAGAGAUGCUGAAUUCUAAGUUAUUCUUCUCAAGUACUAAUGCAUUUCCUCAUCUGUGAACUAGGUGGUAAUUUUGAACAAAUUAAGAUCCAGGUAAAUUUAAUGAACAAUCUUCUGUCCUGAACCUCACAGGCUUGGUUCAGUAGCCUAUGUCAGGUUGAAGCAACUGGGGCAAUUCUGCGUGGCCACAGACAACCUGUGUGAGCUCUCCGUCUCCAAAUCAGUUCCUAAGAAAAUUCUGCCAUUAACAACUUUCUUGUAUUGUCCCAGAGAUCUGCAUAUUGAUCAGGCUUUCCUUAGGUCUCAGAAACACCAUGUUUUUACUGCAUCUGACAUCAAAGAUCAUCACAAAACAAAAAUGAACAGGAAAGAGUUACUGUGCACAAGGAGACAUUUAAUGUAAAGCAUUUACCUUCUAUCCUAUCUUAGGAACAUGCUUAGUUAAAGUAUAGAACACUUCAUCAUUUUUUUUAAAAGAUUUUAUUUAUUUAUUUGACAUACAGAGAGAGAGAUCACAAGCAGGCAGAGAGGGAGGGGGAAGCAGACUUCCCACCGAGCAGAGAGCCCGAAGCAGGGCCCGAUCCCAGGACCCCGAAAUCAUGACCUGAGCUAAAGGCAGAGGCUUAACCCAUUGAGCCA